AUGUAUCCCAGAAAGGAGUAUCCCCAGAUGGUGGGGUCCGGCUUCCGAAAGAAGAAAGAAGUCUCCCAGCUUGUUCCUGAUGGGGAGAAGCCCCACAAGUGCGAGGAGUGUGGGAAGAGCUUCAGGUGGAGCUCCCACCUGAUCGUGCACCGGAGGAGCCACACUGAGGAGAGGCCCUACGAGUGUGAUCAGUGCAGGAAGAGGUUUCAGACCAGCUCUGAUCUCCUCGUGCACCAGCGCACGCACACAGAGGAGAGGCCCUUCCGCUGCCCCGACUGCGGGCAGGGCUUCAGGCGCAACUCCACCCUCCUCAGGCACUGGCUCAUCCACACUGGGGAGAGGCCCCACGAGUGUGAGGAAUGUGGGAAAAGCUUCAGGCAGAGCUCCCACCUGAUCAGCCACCGGAGGACCCACACUGGGGAACGGCCCUAUGAGUGUGGGGAGUGUGGGAAAAGCUUCAGCCAGCAUUCCAGCCUGAUUGUCCACCAAAAGAUCCACUCUGGGGAGAGGCCCUAUGAGUGUUCCAAGUGUGGGAAGGGAUUUCGGAUCCGCUUCCAUCUUUUCCGGCACUAUCAGAGUCACACAGAGGAGAGGCCCUUCUGCUGCCCCGACUGCGGGAAGGGAUUCAGGCACAACUCCCACCUUGUCAGGCACUGGCGCAUCCACACUGGGGAGAGGCCCUACGAGCAUCCCUAG